AGGCAGGCGCAGCUCUUCCUGCUGGUGGCGAACAAACACUGACAACUACAGGGCGGCCAGCGGCAGUCACACACACACACACACCUCUGUUUCCCCCACAAACCCAUAGAGAACAUGGCUGCUAGCAGCAAACACACCCCGCAGCUGAAAUCUGAGCUCUACUUCCUAAUAGCGCGGUUUUUAGAAGACGGACCCUGUCAGGAUUCAGCACAGAGGUUGAUUCGGGAGGUUGAGGAGAAGGAGCUGUUACCCAAACGGAUUGACUGGACUGGAAAGGAACACCCUGGGACUUAUGAAGAUUUGGUCAAGGUGUAUAAGCACACUUCUCCGGAACACCUUCUGCGAGUGUGUGAGCGCGUGGGUCCGCUGCUGGAGAGAGAAGUUCCUGCCAGCGUACCUGGAGUUAACUCUCUGUUAGGAGUGGGACGCCAGUCACUGCUGCGUACCAACAAGAGUUGUAAGCACGUGGUGUGGAAGGGUUCAGCCCUCGCAGCCCUGCACUGUGGCAGGCCACCCGAGCCGCCAGUCAUCUAUGGAAGCCCGCCCAACAUCGUGGAGACGUCUUACAGCCGGAGGUUGAACGGUUCGUACCGUUUGAGUCAGCUCGUUCCCACAGCGAUUUACUCACACAUGAAGAUGCACAAGAGGAUUCUGGGACAUCUAUCCUCCGUGUACUGCGUUGCUUUCGAUCGGACGGGCCGCCGUAUCUUCACGGGUUCGGACGACUGUCUGGUGAAGAUCUGGGCCACGGACGAAGGGCGGUUGUUAACCACGCUGAGGGGGCACGCGGCCGAGAUCUCGGACAUGGCGGUGAAUUAUGAGAACACGCUGCUGGCUGCCGGAAGCUGUGAUAAGAUGAUCAGGGUGUGGUGUUUACAGACCUGCGCUCCGCUCGCUGUGCUGGAGGGACAUGCGGCAUCUAUAACAUCACUACAGUUUUCUCCUCUGUGCAGCGGUAAUAAGAGGUUUCUGUCCUCCACCGGUGCUGAUGGGACCAUCUGUUUCUGGCAGUGGGACGCCCGCACGCUCAAAUUCGGGCCGCGGCCCAGCAAAUUCACCGAGCGGCCCCGACCGGGCGUGCAGAUGAUCUGCUCGUCUUUCAGUGCAGGGGGGAUGUUUUUGGCUACAGGGAGCACCGAUCACAUCAUCAGAGUUUACUACUUUGGUGGAGACCAGCCGGACAAGAUAGCCGAGCUGGAAUCUCACACUGAUAAAGUCGACAGCAUCCAGUUCUCACAUGAAGGAGACAGGUUUGUGAGCGGCAGUAGAGAUGGGACUGCGAGGAUUUGGCAGUUACAGCAGCAGGAUUGGAGAAGCAUCCUGCUGGACAUGGCCACCAAACUGCCCGGGAAGUACAACCCUCCAGCCCUGGAGGACAAAGUGACCAAACUGAAGGUCACCAUGGUGGCCUGGAAUCGGCACGACAACAUGGUCAUUACGGCGGCCAACAAUUUGACGCUGAAGGUGUGGAACUCGUACACGGGCAGCCUGAUCCACAUCCUCCUGGGUCAUGAGGACGAAGUGUUCGUGUUGGAGCCACACCCGUUUGAUCCCAGAGUGCUGUUUUCUGCUGGUCAUGAUGGUAAUGCCAUUGUGUGGGACCUGGCACGAGGAGUUAAAAUACGCUCCUACUUCAACAUGAUCGAGGGUCAGGGACACGGGGCACUGUUCGACUGCAAGUGUUCUCCAGACGGUCAGCACUUCGCCUGCACUGACUCUCACGGACACCUGCUCAUCUUCGGCUUCGGCUCCAGCAGCAGAUACGACAAGAUAGCCGACCAGAUGUUCUUCCACACCGAUUACCGGCCACUGAUUCGCGACGCUCACAACUAUGUGUUAGACGAGCAGACGCAGCAGGCUCCUCACCUCAUGCCUCCACCGUUCCUAGUGGACGUGGAUGGAAACCCUCACCCUCCUCGCUACCAGCGCCUGGUGCCCGGCCGAGAGAACUGCAGAGCGGAGCAGCUCAUACCGCAAAUGGGACUGACAUCCUCAGGAUUAAACCAGGUGCUGAGCCAGCAGGCAGCGGAAGGUUCUAGUCCGCUGGACAAUAUGAUCCAGAGACUGCAGCAGGAGCAGGAUCAGAGACUGAGCUCAGACUCCAGAACCACCCGAGGGUCUGUGAGCUCUCCGACAGAAGUGACGUCUCCUCCCAACGUGGGUCUGAGGCGCAGCGGUCAGAUCGAGGGGGUCAGGCAAAUGCACAGCAAUGCUCCCCGCAGCGAGAUGGCCACUGAGACGGACCUGGUGGCCUGGAGCAGGCGGGUACUGGUGCCUGAACUGUCCCGAGGGACGGCCAGUAAACAGGAGAUCUGGAGGGCAGCCCGAGGAGAGGAGGAGAUGAACAUCUACAGAUCGGAGCGGAGGAGGCGCAGCGUACACAGCCAGUACCACAGAGAGAACCGGCACGGCACGGAUAACGCGGUGGAGGAGGGCCGGCGUCACCAGGGCAACCAGCACAACUACCACACGCGCCUGGCUGUCGAGGAAACGAGCCGACAGAGUGAAGCUAACGAGGAGGAGCCUAGCGCGUCAGAGGGUGAAGCGGACGCUCGGCCUCCCAGCAGAGAGUCGUCAGAUGAGGAGAGAGAGGAGAAAGAGCCCUGGCCUGAGGAUCACAGCAGCUCCAGUGACUACUCGAGCGACUACUCUGACUGGACGGCGGAUGCGGGCAUAAAUCUAGAGCCACCUAAGAAGACCGCCGUGAAAAAGAAAAAGAAAAACGCCAGCAGCUCGGAGGAGGACGGAGAAAAGAAAAAAGAGAAGGAUGCCAAGAAAGAGAGAAGGAAGGAAAAACAGGACAAAGAUGGAGCGCUACCAAAGAAGAAGAAGCCAAAGGAAAAGAGGAAGAGGUUACCAGAGUUCCAGGAGCAGGGUAUGGCUCUAGAGGAGUGGCUGCCCUCACCCUGGAUCACAGACACUGUGCCACGCAGAUGCCCCUUCGCCCCUCAGAUGGGUGACGAGGUCUAUUACUUUCGGCAAGGCCACGAGGCCUAUGUGGAGAUGGCCAAGAAGAACAAGAUCUUCAGCAUCAACCCUAAAAAGCAGCCCUGGCACAAGAUGGAGCUGCGGGAGCAGGAACUGAUGAAGAUUGUAGGAAUGAAGUACGAGGUAGGCUUGCCCACUUUGUGUUGCCUGAAGCUGGCCUUCCUGGACCCGGACACUGGCAAACUGACGGGCGGCUCUUUCUCCAUGAAAUACCACGACAUGCCGGAUGUCAUCGAUUUCCUGGUACUGCGUCAACAGUUUGACAAUGCAAGGCAGCAGCAGUGGAUGAUAGGUGAUCGUUUUCGCUCUGUGAUCGACGACGCCUGGUGGUUCGGUACGAUCGAGAAUCAGGAGCCGUAUCAGCCAGAGUAUCCUGACAGUCUUUUCCAGUGCUACAAUGUCUGCUGGGAUAAUGGAGACACAGAAAAGAUGAGCCCAUGGGACAUGGAGGAGAUACCUAAUGAUGCUGCUUUUCCGGAUGAACUGGGCCUGAGCAUGCCGUUGACCCGGGAGGAGCACAAGACUUUACUGUACCGUCCUUUAGACGGCGAGUGGGGCUCGCGGACACGCGAUCAGGAGUGUGAACGCAUCAUCGCCGGCAUCGACCAGCUGGCCACUCUAGAUGUGGCAGCUCCGUUUGCUGUGCCAGUCGAUGUACAGGCGUAUCCUACAUACUGCACUGUGGUGGCUUACGUUACGGACCUGAGCACCAUCCGGAGCCGACUGGAACAUCGCUUUUACAGGCGAAUGUCCUCUCUGAUGUGGGAGAUUCGCUACAUCGAGCACAACGCACAAACCUUCAAUGAGCCGGGAGCUUUUAUAGUCAAAACUGCCAAAUUCGUGUCGGAACUUCUGCUGCAGUUUAUCAAGGACCAAAGUUGCACUGAAAUAAUUCCACUGUAUAAAAGUAUGAAAAGGACGGCGUUCUCUGACACAAGUGAUGAUGAGGAGGAGGAUGAAGAGCAUGAAAGCCCCGGUACUUCUAAACGCAAUAUGAAGGGUAAGCAGAAGCCCAUCCUGAGAAAUCUGCGGAAUAAACCUGCAUCUGGUGACCCGCAGGCCUGGAGGAGUCGAUGCAGAGAGCUGCUGGAGCUGAUCUUCCAGUGUGAGGACUCGGAGCCUUUCAGACAACCCGUGGAUCUGGAAGAAUAUCCGGAUUAUCUGGAAAUUGUGGACACCCCGAUGGACUUUGGGACAGUCCUGAACACUCUUCUAGGAGGAGAAUAUGAGUCUCCCAUGGACUUGUGCAAAGACGUGCGGCUCAUCUUCAGUAAUUCCAAAGCCUACACGCCUAGCAAGAGGUCCAAGAUCUACAGUAUGAGUCUUCGGCUCUCCGCCUUGUUUGAAGAGCACGUGAGCUCAAUCGUGGCCGAUUUCAAAGCCGCUCAGAGCUUACAGACGGAGCGCCUGACCCGACAGCGUCUGCACACGGAGCGACUGACCAGACAGACCAUGAAGAGGAGACGAAGAAGCUCAUCGCCGUCUAGCUCUGCCUCCAGCCCUGAGAGGAAGAGGCGUGUCUCCUCUCGAACCCCACACAGACCUGAAACGGCAGCUCCACCGACACCGGCCAGCCAUCCCCGCCCUUCGUUCCUAAGACAGACGCUUCCGCACAUCAACGGCAAAGCCGAACCCCCGGCCGGCGCCGGGCGCACUCGUAGCUCCGCCCGUAUCGGGACUCAUUCCACAGAUCCACCCGUCUCCCAGUCUGCUCCGCCCCCCGUUCCCACACACAGUAAGGGACCUGAGGUCUCAUCCCGCAUCCUUCGAGCUCAGAACUCUCACACCCCUCCGAGCAGCUCCAAAGAAACCAAGAGUCACGCUGCUACCGAGAGCCGGGGCAGAGAGUCGCGGCGGAAACUCCAGACUCCAGUGAAGCACAUACCAGGUCCAGUAGAUCACGCUCCUCUUCCCUUAAACAAUGUCCAUGAGAACGGCCACGGUACUCCAGUGGCGCUGGGGGUGAUGAAAAGGGGUCGGGGCAGACCCAGGCAGGAGUCUCAAACAAGGACAGCAGAGGUAGCUGAACCACCAGCGUUGCCCCAUCCCUUGGGGAAGAAGCGGGGCAGGAAGAGUAAAAGAGAACUGGAGGCUUUACGCGUGAGCUCCGGACUCGAGGACGAGCUCGGUCAGUCCACGGGUGACGAGGGCGGUGCUUCCUCUAACGCGCAGGAUACCAGCCUGUCAGACUCCGGGGUGGGGUUUUCAGAGCAACCCAGACGACGCGGCAGACCCCGAGCGGUCAGGACGGAAGAGCCGGCCCCGUCGAGUCCCAAAUCCCUGAGGAGGAGCGGCCGCCUCGGCACCGAACACACGUCACCCUCCACCCCGGGUCCGUCUGUGACAGCGGGGCAAAACGGGGCGGAGCCUGUUGUGGACAAGGAGCCGAUGAGAACGCGCAACCAGGGUCGUAGGACAGCAUUUUACAACGAGGAGGACUCCGAGGAGGAGCAGAGGCAGCUUCUGUUCGAUGAUGCCUCCCUCACUUUUGGCACAUCCAGCAAAGGCAGAGUUCGCAAACUAACUGAAAAGGCCAAAGCCAACCUGAUCGGGUGGUGAACGCGAGGCCGGCGUGACGGUCCUUCGUGCCGCAAUCCUGUAUUUGCCCCGGGGCAACACCAUUCCUGCUGCUAACUCACUGUGAAUCUGUCGAUUCACGUCUUUGACUCUCCUCAGUGACUCUGUACUGAAGGGCUUCUGGUAUUCAAGGUUUAAGCAGAAAAUAUAAACACAAUUCAUUCUUAUUGUAGUAAAUCAGCCAAGACAGGUUUGGUGUUUGAUGUUUGCUUUGUUAUUGUUGCACUUACGGCAUCGUGCAUCAGUUUAAUAUGAAUCGUUAUUUAGUUCCAUAAAUAGUACAGAAGAAAACGACUCGAUCCGAACUGUGAAUCUGGUACUUGGUACAUUAAAUUACAACAGACCUGCAGUAGGUCACGCCACUUUUGUAACUCUCGUAUGCCAAUACAAUAUUUAUUAAGCCUGAAUAGUGCAUAGGAAGUCCAGUGCACUAACACUCCCCAGACAGGAUGCCAGUCCAUCUCAGACAUAACCAAUCAUGUCUGUAUGUAGACGCCCGAUAGCAUUGCUGGGGAUUCGAACCCCUGAAACCCAGAGGUCCUGGGCUAGUGUAAUUUUUACCGCUGCCCUAUUUUUUUAUGCAUUUUCUGUCUUAUUCUUCCAGUUUUGGUACGUCCAAUUUAUGCCCAAUUGCGUUAUGCUUCCUCUUUCCUGGACUUCCUCUUCCCCCUCCGACACGUGUGCAGUACCCGACUGCAUACGAGGGCAGUUGUAGCCUAGUGGUUAAGGUACUGUACUCAGAAGAUCGCUGGUUCAAACCCCACCACUGCCAGGUUGCCACUGUUGGGCAGCAUGCCGUAUGCAUCUUAUCGCCUAUACUUUGACGAGUGAAAUGCGGAUCAGCACUGUGUACGGAGAGACGCACCCUGAGAGCACUCUAUUCCCGUCUCUGUGCAGGCGCCAUCAAUCAGCCAGCAGAGGUCGUAAUUGCAUCAGUCAUGGGAGAGAGACCCCGUCCGGCUUAAUCCCGCCCAUAUCUGAACAACAGGCCAAUCGUUGUUCAUGUGGCCGCUCAGCCUUAGCCGGCAGGCAGAGCUGAGACUCGAUACGAUGUAUUCGAGAUCCCAGCUCUGGUGUUCCAGCGUGUGUUUUUACCGCUGCGCCACCUGAGCGGCUACUUUGUGUUUAUUUAAUAUUUUAUAUUGACAGUAGAACAUUUAUAACAUUUUCCUAAGAAAAUUUUUUGUUUAUGUGAAAGUUAAUUGCUUGUUUCUUUCUUCCUUUUUAUGCUUGUAGCUUAUGUGAUUCAUGUAUUUAUUUAAUUAAUAAGACAUAUUUUUUCCACUUAGCAGCUCCAAGGACGAACUGAGUCCAUCCUCUCUGAGGCGAGGUGUGUAGGUCACGUAUUUACAGAUAUUUACUGUAUUUACAGAUAAUAGCAUGAAAGCUGCAGCGAAAACGUACAAAAGCAAACGUUAUACAGCGAACAUGUUUUAGCUGAGUUACUGCACGUGAGAUCAGGGGGAAAUCGCGCACAUUUGAUUCUUAGUUGAAUCACUUUUUUUACCUGUCAGAUCACACAUGCAGUUAAACUGGUCUCGUUUUUACCUAGAAGUGCACCGUUCAUAAUCCAGAAGAUCAAGGUACUUUAGUCAGACGAACCACUCCGGUUUCUUUUGUUCUUAUUACAUAUCAAGGUCACACUUCAUCUUUUUACAGUCUAUAUCUCAUGAUGGCAACCAAUCGAUCGUUCUACAGAAAACUGUAACAGCGAGCGUUCUGUUCUCGGUCUGUGUGAAUGUGUGCAGAGUUCUAAAGACGUUAUAUUCGGUGGUUAUGCAAUGACGGACCUUUUCAACGGUUGUUUUUGUCUUUAAAUGUCUCUUUAAAUCAAAAGAAGAAAUAAUGAAUAAUGGUUUUAGCAUGUUUUUAUAUGAUUAGCAAUACCUUGUGCCUUUUGAUCACUUAAAUACAACGUUAUUCCGUUCUUACUUUA